AUGGACAAGUGGGAAAACGAUCUUUCGAACGAUGUUUAUUCGAUCGAAGAAGAAAGUGAACUUUAUUUCAGUACGAUUUCGUUGCCUGCGGCAUCACAAACCUCGCAAAUCCAAAGUACCUCGCAAAAUAAGCAAAGUAUCCAGACUCCCACUGAGCCUGAGAUCGAACCUGAGACUAUACCUGUGUCAAGUAUUGAAAAUAACCCAGCAAACAAAAUAUCUGAAGCCCCACAAGUCUCUCCCAUUUCAGUAGAAUCUGGUCAAAAUACAAUAAAUACGAAUUUAUCCUCCCCGACAACACCUUGCCCCUUUGACGCAUGGCUAGACGAUUUGGUAGAGUUUAAAGAAACUGUUUUGCCCAAAUCAUCUCAAAGUGUUUCCGUAGCUGACCCACUUUAUAAAUUAGAAGCGAGUAAAGAUAUACCGACCAUCAAACUUCCCAAAUUCAGUGGAAACGCGCUCUUCUAUGCCGAUUUUAUUGAUCGAUUCAAAAUUCAUAUUCAUGACAAACCGCACUUGACAGAUGACAUGCGAAUGAUUCAAUUAAAAAUGCACGUUACCGGAGACGCAGAACGCGCGAUUUCGGGACUUGGGUCCAAGGGUGUUAUGUAUGCGACAGCAUUGAAGAUUUUUAAGGAACAAUUUGGACAGCCAAGUACUAUAGCUCGUUCUUUGGUAAAUCAACUUACCAAGGGAGACAUGAUUCAACGUAACGAUAGACGCGCGCUUCGAGAACUUUCGAUAGACUUAGUUAAUUGCGUAGCAACCAUGCAUCAAGUCAAGUACUUCGCUGACGUCAACGCCAGUGACAACCUCCGAAAGAUAGUAAUGAGAUUACCGGAUUAUCUCAUUCCGAAAUGGAAAGGCGUAGUAAUCGAUAUUAGAGAGAAACAAAGAUCCCCUACGAUUGAAGAUAUUAGUACCUUUUUGGGAAAAUAA